AUGGCAGCGAACGAGAAACGGGAUUUGGUCCAUCAAAACGCGAUUCACGUUGAGACGAUACGGAAAGAGCAAAGACACCAGAAGCUUCACACGGAGUUCAGCAUCAAUCCACACAGGAAGUUGCAUAUCCUGCCAGACAAGCCCAUGUCCAGGAAACCGACUGAAGCAAUUGCAGAGAACUCGGACUUCAUCAAGGCCUUCCACAAGGCCCGCCAGGAGCCCACCAAGAAGUACACAAUGCCACUGACUGAGAGCCAGGAGAUAGGAUGGGUGUCAGCUCCACUGAUUCCAUUGAACCGCAAUGACAAGAGACUCAGUUUCUACCGACUCAGCACAGACGUCACCAAACACAAAGAAUCUACCCUGCGAUGGUCAAAUUAGACCAUUAAAUACAGAAUGGAG